GUAAAACUGAAGAGUUGUUCUAACACUAGUCCUUAACUACAUGUCACAUGUUUAAAGAUCAGGGCUGAUGUUUUAUCAGAGCGGUCGACCUGCAACCUCAUCUCUCUUCUUCCUGUUAAUCAACACAAAAUCUGGUACUGAUGCUGUAACUAUAGUAACUGGAUACAGAGGAAGAUCAGUUCAGAUUAAAUGUCCCUAUAAAUCUGGAUAUGAAGAUUACAACAAGUAUCUCUGCAGAGGUGAAUGUUCAAUCCCUGGUUUUAAAGACAUUCCUGUUGAAUCUGGAUCUCCUGCUAAAGACCCCAGAUUUUCUCUGUAUGAUAACAAAACAGCCCGAGUCUUCACCGUCACCAUCACUGGUCUGAGACCUGAGGAUAAAAACACUUACUGGUGUGCGAUAGAGCGGACAUUGGCUGAUAUUUACACAGAGUUUCUCCUGCAGGUUAAAACAGUUGAUCCCACCAUCAGUUCUGUCUCACACACCACACACUUCACUCCAACCCAUGGGGACACGACACAUUCAGUAACAGAUAAGUUACUAACUUAUACUACCCACAAAACCACCAUCACUCCCCCAUCUCAGGGAUUCACAACUAUACCCCUAGUCACGACUGUCGUGCCUGUUGCUCUAGUGCUGCUUCUCUUUGGCCUUUUAUCAGCUGGAGUGAUAUGGUGGGAAAAAAAGACCCAAGGCUCUGGAACAGUGACACAAUCUUCCAGACAGACAAAUGAAGAUUAUGCAAAUGAUCAAAAUUUACAUCCUGUUCAAGCAAGAGUAAAAGUCAGUUUGCCUGAAUCUGACUACAAGGGUUUAAACCCAACCACCAGCCAAUCAGCUUCAGUCUACCAGACUCUGUCAAGAACUAAUAACCAAUCAGAUUCAGUCUACCAGACUCUGUCAAGUACUAAUAAUCAAUCAGAUUCAGUGUACCAGACUCUGUCAAGUACUAAUAACCAAUCAGAUUCAGUGUACCAGACUCUGUCAAGUACUAAUAACCAAUCAGAUUCAGUUUACCAGACUCUGUCAAAUACUAAUAACCAAUCAGAUUCAGUCUACAAGAGUUGCUCCCAUAUCAAUAAACAUUAAGAUUCUGCAUACUUCUGUUCGCCUACCAAGUGGACUGGUUUGAGUUUGUGUUUCUUUUUCUUGUGAAUUUACUCUUUUGUGCCUCAGAUCU